AUGCCGGAGCAGUGUGUUGAUUUUGAGGAAUUAGGAGGGAAAUUGACAGAUCUCCACGGACAGCGCAUUGACUUUGGCGUGGGAAGAAGAUUAUAUGGCAGUUAUGGAUUCGUCGCUGCCAUGGAGGACACACAUGAAAAGGCCCCAAUGGGUAUGAACACCAUUUUGGAGCAGAUGACCUUCAACUACCUGAGUUGGCGGAUUUCUUUCUUUGUGGUCUUCUGUACGUUGUAG